AUGACUGACAAUUGUGAUGUUAACAGCAUUCUUGCUGCUGUGCCACACCUAAGCCGCGGCCCCGGCGGUGUUGUCGCCGUCGUCAAGGAUGACAAGGUGCUUGGACAGCACGCUUGGGGAUACGCCGACUUGGAACAGCGCAUACCGAUGACAACCAAAACUCAGUUCCCGAUCUGCUCAAUUUCCAAGCAGAUGGUUUGCUUGGUCAUGGUGUCGCUUCUUAAAUGUCCUACCCCCUCAAUGGCUGAGCGCGACUGUGAUGCCGCGAAACAAUUCGAAGACGAGCUACAGAAACUGCUGCCAAACCUUGCAUGUGGCGGCGACGACGGCGUGACUGUCGCUGAUCUGUACAACAUGCAGUCGGGAAUCCGCGAUUACUGGGCCCUGACCACUCUCUGGGGCGCCCAUCCUGACGGCAGAUUCUCGUAUCUUCACGAUGCGCCUCAAGCUCUCGAAAGGAUCAAGAGCUACCACUUCGCAUCUGGCACCGAAUACAGCUAUUCUAAUGUUAACUUCCAUGUACUUGGACGCAUCUUGGAGAAUGUAUCUGGUCACUCGCUUGGACAGCUGCUUGCAGAGAGACUAUUCAUCCCUGCUGGCAUGAGUACAGCUAGUCUUUGCCCGAACACCAACGGGCUUCCACUGCCAAUUGUCGGAUACGAAGGAAACGCAAAGACUGGAUACUUUGCUGCGACCAACCGGAUAGAAUGGGCUGGUGAUGCUGGAAUCGCCGCCUCCCUCGAGGAUAUGGUUGCUUACGAGAAGUACCUUAACAAGAGCUUAGCAGACCCUGAGAGUCUCUACGCCACGACAUCUCAGCAACAGAAGUUCCGUGAUGGCACACUUGCCUCGUAUGGAUAUGGACUUGCGCGACUGAAGAUUGCAGGCCAGUCUGCCAUCGGUCAUGGUGGCGCGCUUCGUGGUUUCCGACAUGGGAGAUUCCAGAUUCCUGGAGAGCGCCUUUCCGUGGUGGUCAUGCACAACUUUGAGACCGCGCCAGCUGUUCCUGCCGAGUUCAUUGUGAAGAGGUUGCUAAACACAUCUGAGCCUGAGCCACAGACUAUUGGUAUGCCUGCAGCAUGGAAGGGCAACUUCCUCGACGAUGAAACACAACUCUACGUUGGAGUGGAAGAGGGCGACAGAGAGAAACCUGGGACAAUCGCGGUCAACUAUGGUCCUGGAAAUGCAGGAGAAACUGCCAGACUGACCUCUGAAACGCAAGCCAAGUCUGAUAGCAUGCAACUUACUCUCGAGGAUAAUGUCCUCCACGUAAAGCGUAUAGACGAUAACAGAACCCUGCGAGCGGUACGCCUUCAGGCUGUCGACAAACAAGAUCUUGGACAGUCUUCGAGUGAAAACAUUGUUGGAAUCUACCGCAACGAGGAAUGUGAUAGUUCAUUCACGGUCACUGGAGACUGCGGUUCCCUAUACGGCUCUUUUGAUGGUUAUCUCGGCCGCGGCCCAGCUUGGAUCAUGCGACAGAUAGGCAAGAACAACGUAUGGGCUUUGGGAAACCCAAGAGGUUUGGAUGCGACUCCUCCUGGAGACUGGACAGUGGUAUUCAACGACCAGGAGGAUGGGGCAUGCAGUAGUGUCACUGUAGGAUGUUGGCUUGCCCGUAAGGUCAAAUACGUCAGAGUCAAGUGA